AUGGGGCAGUCGCGACUUUGCGCAGCCGCGCAGCCACCCCAAGAUCUACCUCGAUCGAUUUCCUGGGCCCCCAGUCACACCACUCCACCUGGAAACCACCAUCUUCCCCUCCUCAACCCUCAACCCGCCGUACUCAUGUGUCAAUCUCGGCUGGCUAGGACGGAGAGUCAGACAGCUUCUCCCGAGACCGAGCCUCAAGUUGUUGCCGGGAUCGAGCCUCAAGGUGUCGCCGAGCUCGAACCUCAAGCUGCCGCCGAGACCGAGCCUCAAGCUGCCGCCGAGACCGAGCCCCAAGCUGUCGCCAAGACCGAGCCUCAAGCUGCCGCCGAGACUGAGCCCCAAGCUACCGCCGGGAUCGAACCUCAAGCUGUCACUCAAAUUGGAGUGUCUUAUGAGAAGCUGCCUGAAGACAUGCCCGACGACAGAUCACUUGAUCAAGCUUUACCUAUCGAGAAGCCCGCAGAAGCCGUAUCAGAUGAGAAGAACCAAGCCGUAACUGAUCAGCAGAUACCUCAACCGGAAGCCCCACAGGCACAGCAGAAGACUCGGCUUCUAUGUAAACCGUGCAACCGAAAGUUUGCGGAAGAGACGCAUUACGAGAACCAUCUGAUUCAUUCGCCUCGACAUUUCUACUGCAAAAAGUGUAAGAGGGACUUCGCAUCCGAGUCGGCCAGACAGGCCCAUCUCACCCAUGCUCAAGUUCACAAGCAUGAUUUAUCACGUCGCCACCAAUUUCGUGGCUUCAGCUGUCCUUCUCGGGAGUGUCGAGGAUCGUUCCUCAGCGAAUCCGGAGUCUUAGCGCACCUAGAAUCGGGGUGUUGUACUUCAGGAGCAGACCAAGCGAUGGUCGACAAAUCGAUGGUGAUACAAGACUCGAAGCAGGUCUUUAUUAGACACGCACGAGUCGCCUUACCGGAGGAGCGAGAGGUACCGAUUGAAAAGACCAUCAACCCCUGUCCACUCUGUCCCAAAAAAUUCCGCUACCGUGCCGGUCUCCUCCAACAUCUCGGCUCCUCUAAACAUACCAAUAAAGGUCGGGAGCCUUACAAGUGUCCCGCCUCGACUUGCGAUAAAGCUACCUUCCCGUCCCUCAGCUCUCUCUUGCUUCAUAAAGAGAGAGGCAAGUGCAACUUGGAUUUGAAUAGUGCCAUCGUAGAAUUGCUGGAUCACUAUCUCCACCACUUAUAUGAUGGAAUUCGAAAGAUGUGA